ACAAAAUGGAACACACCAGCAGUGUGAGGAGACCUGAAAGUGGCACAUGGCAGAGUGUGGCGAUGGAGACAGCAGCAAUGGGAGGCCGGUACAGGGACCCAUGACACACUGUGGACCUGGCAGCAGCGUGAGGAGGCGGUACAGGGGCCCAUGGCAGAUUAGGGCCUGGCAGCAGCAAUGGGGGAGGCCCGUAAUCUGCCAGCACCCUAUGACAAAAUGGAACCCAGCAGCAGUGUGAGGAGACCUGAAAGUGGCACAUGGCAGAGUGUGGCGAUGGAGACAGCAGCAAUGGGAGCCGGUACAGGGACCCAUGAGACACUGUGGACCUGGCAGCAGCAUGA